UGCAGACAUGCAGCUCUGCUUAGGUGAAGGGCGGGGAGAAGAGUCGAUGAUGUCCACCUCUCCGGUGCUCGGUUAGUACAGAGGUCCAGAAACUGUCGCUUUCUGUGGAAUUAACGCGAGUUUGAGGCCGGCGACACUUUUUGAAUGGUUCGAAAAUCCACCCGCAUUUCUCCCGUAAUGGAGGCCAUGGCCGUGAGCACAUCUGCACAGGGUAUGGAUGAGAUUGACCGCAACGCCCCGCGCAUCUGCGGAGUCUGCGGAGACAAGGCCACUGGAUUCCACUUCAAUGCCAUGACCUGUGAGGGCUGUAAGGGCUUUUUCAGGCGCAGUAUGAAGCGUAAAGCCAGUUUCACGUGUCCCUUUAACGGCAGUUGCACCAUCACCAAAGACAACCGCAGACACUGCCAGGCCUGCCGCCUCAGACGCUGUGUUGACAUCGGCAUGAUGAAGGAGUUUAUUCUGACUGAUGAGGAGGUGCAGAGGAAGAAGGAGCUGAUCCUAAAGCGCAAGGAGGAGGAGGCGGCACGCGAGGCUCAGAAACCUCGUCUCACAGACGAGCAGAACCAGAUCAUCAACACACUGGUGGAGGCUCACCACAAGACCUACGAUGACUCCUACUCCGACUUCGCUAAGUUUCGGCCCCCAGUGAGAGAGGGUCCGGUGACCCGCAGUGCCAGUCGUGCAGCAUCUCUUCAUUCCCUCUCAAAUGCCACUUCAGAUUCCUUCAACAGCACACCAGAGUCUGUCGAUACGAAGCUCAGCAGUCUGUUGUCCAUGUGUCAGGAGGGUAUGGGGAGCCCAGGCUCCACCGACGACGAGAACACUCGCCUCUCCAUGUUGCCCCACCUCGCCGAUCUCGUCAGCUACAGCAUUCAGAAAGUCAUCGGCUUUGCGAAGAUGAUUCCUGGCUUCAGGGAGCUGACUUCGGAGGAUCAGAUAGCUCUGUUGAAGUCCAGCGCUAUAGAGAUCAUCAUGCUGCGCUCCAAUCAGUCCUUCAGUCUGGAGGAUAUGAGCUGGAGCUGCGGAGGACCGGACUUCAAGUACUGCGUCAACGAUGUUACGAAGGCUGGUCACACUCUGGAGCUGUUGGAGCCGCUGGUGAAGUUUCAGGUUGGACUAAAGAAACUCAACAUGCAUGAAGAGGAGCACGUGCUGCUAAUGGCCAUCUGUCUGCUCUCUCCAGACCGUCCGGGCGUGCAGGACCACAUGCGGAUCGAGGCUCUGCAGGAGCGUUUUUGUGAGACUCUCCAGGCUUACAUUCGCGUGCACCACCCCGGUGGCCGACUGCUCUACGCCAAGAUGAUUCAGAAGCUGGCGGACCUGCGCAGCCUGAACGAGGAGCACUCCAAGCAGUACCGCUCGCUGUCCUUCCAGCCUGAGCACAGCACCCAGCUCACCCCCCUGGUGCUGGAGGUCUUCGGCAGUGAGGUGUCCUAGCGCCAGGGCGCUCACCACCCACGGCGGCCAGCGCCGGGGCACAGGGUGGGGCCAGGGCCUGGGCAGGCGAGGGCUGAGCUACAGGAGUCGGAUGACAGGGGGCUGUGUGUGUGCGUUGGCGAGUGUGUGUGUGCGAUUUAGCAACGCGUGUAUAUGAGGUUGAGUCUCCAGGGCAGGAGUGUGCCAGGGGAUGUGUGGUAUCCCAUUUCAGGGAAUUA